GCGAGGCCCCGCGGCAUGACGGGAGUUGUAGUUCCGCGCGCCUCGCCGCCGGGCAGGAGCACGGAGCCCCCCGGGGGAACGGGGAGCAGAGACCGCGGCGGGGCGGGGGCUGGGCGGGAGCGAGCAGCCCCCGGGGGUCGGGAGCGCGGGGAGCGCCGCGGGGGCCCGAAGGAGCGGCGGGGCCCCGGCUCCAGAGGACUACGAGUCCCAGAGGCCUCCGCGCGGGCGGCCGGGCCUUACCGGGAGCGGGGCGGGGCGGUGGCGCCCCCGCGCCGGGCCGGGGCUGAGCGGGGCCGCCCGCUAUGGCGGGGCCCCCCCCGGCGCAGGGGGGCGGCGGGCGGCCGGGAGCACCGGCUGGAGCCCGGGGACACGCUGCCGGGGCUGGCGCUGCGCUACGGGGUCACGCCGGAGCAGAUCCUGCGCGCCAACCGGCUCUACGCCUCGGACCCCAUCUUCCUCAAGCCCACGCUGCUCAUCCCGGCACCGGGGGGGCUCCGCCGCGAGGAGGAGGAGGAGGCGGCGGCGGCGGGGGGGGGGGCACCGGCGGACCCCGGCCCCCCCGCCCCGUCCCGCCACGAGCUCUCGGCCGCCGACUUCCUGCGGCAGCUGGACGCCGACAUCGGGCGCUCCAAGGCGGCGGCGGCGGCGGCUCAGCGGCUCCGCGCCGCCAGCACCGGCGCGGCCGAGGCCGAGGGCACCCCGCGCCCGGAGAGCGGGGACCCCCGGCUCGGCCCCCGGCUCGGCCCCCGGCCCCUCACCAGGACGCCGCGGGCGGCCGCGCUCCGAGACGCCGAGGACGAGAUCUUCACGCUGUGACACCGGGACCGGGACCCGGGGACGGGACCCGCGGGGAGCCGGUGGGCGGCGGCCCCCUCACCAUCCCCUGCGGGGGUCCCGGCCCCGCUUUGGGGAAACCCAAACGCCACCGGCCCCCGCCUGGGGACGCCGCGAGGCACCGGGACAGGAGUCACCGGCCGGGCUCUGUCCCUCCGAUCCUAUUUAUUUGUAUGGUUUUGCCCUCGUGGUGCUUUUUGGUUUGUUUUGUUUUGUUGGGGGGGUUGUGAGGGGGAUGGGAGCCCCCCAGCCUCCCCGUGUCAGUGCCUGGACCCCCGUGGGGAUGGGGUCUGUCGCCCCCUUUGCCCUCCCCUGAGGACCUGUAAAUAAAACGGAGCUGGCACCCG